AUGCAGGGCUCGGGCUUCCCGCCGCUGGGCCACCUGCCGCACUGGCCGCGCGCGGGGCAGGCGGAGCGGCCCGGCCGGCCCUUCGCGCUCGGCGCCCCCGGCCUGGCCGACGCCCCCCCGCCGCCCCCGCCCCCCGCGAGGCGAGCGGCCCCCGAGCUGGAGCGCAGCCUGCAGUUCUUGCAGCAGCAACACGGCGAGACGCUCCGGCAGCUGCACCAGGAGGUCGACCGGCUGAAGCGGCGCAACCAGGAUCUGCAGUACCGGCUCAUCAUGCAGCCGCUGCUCCAGCAGGCAGGCUUCCUCUCCGCGGACAGCGAAGGCGCCUCUGCUCGCCGGGACAAGGCGAAGCGGGCCGGCGGCGGCCCCGGCGAGUUGGCGGGGCGCCCGGAAGAUGCGGAGGCCCCGGAGCAGAAGGCCGGCGAAGGCGAGCCCCUGGCCGAAGAGGAGGCGGCCCCGGAGGGGAGCCCCGAGUGGGAGAGGGACGCCGACGGCCUCAGUCCGGAGCUUCAGGCGGCGGCGGCGGCGGCAGCCCCGGGCAGAGACAUUGUGGCCGUCUGCGAGCGGAGGAUGUCACCGCUGUCUCUGCCUCGUCCCUCGGCAAGCCAGAGCAGGGCUGGAGACGUGAGAAUCCCGGCUGCAUCGUCCAACCCCUUCUUGGUGAACGUGCUACCUUCCUACAUGCGGAAGCCCCCCAGCCUGGAGGAAUGUGAGGUGGUGAUUCGCCAGCUGUGGAACAUUAACCACAUGCAGAUGCAAGAGCUGAUGUACUUGAGAUCAUGCCUGGAUGAUAUACACAAGACCAAAAGAAUUCCUGAAGAUUACAUGUUAGCUGGUCAACUUGGAGCCAAGGCCGACCGCGGGCUCCCUUCAGCUGGCUGGCUGGAACUCUCUGCCAAGGGGCCGGGCAAGGUUUCCGGGCCAAAACCCUUUGGCGGGCUGCCUCCCUUUGAGGAACUUAUCCGAGCCCUUUUGUUUAGGAGCCAGGAGAGCACAAAGUUACCCAGAGUGAGGAACGCCCCAAAGAAAUGCCGGAUCCUGACCCCACUGCCUGCUGCCGAAAGAGCCGUGCUGCCCGCCCUGAAGCAGACGCUGGGGAACGCCUUUGCUGAGCGGCAGAAGCGAGCACAAGCCGUUCAGAGGAACAGGCUGCACAGGACCGCCCUGUAGCCAGGAAACUCCGCAGCUGCCUGCCCCUGGGAACGCCGUUCAGAGCCCCUCAGGCUGUUUCUGAGGCCUUUCCCCCUCACCUGAUUUUUGUUAGACUUUGUAUGUAUGCCGGCUUUCAUGCUCACUACACUGCAGAAAGCCACCGUUAUAGUGCUUAAUUGCUAAGACGGGUUUGUC